UGGGGCCACGGCCCCGGCCCCGGAAGCGAUUGCCGCAGCAUUAGGGGUGCCCGAGGGACAGCGGCGGGCAGCAUGUUCCUGACGGUGGCAGCUCUGGCCAAGAAAAAAUCAAAGUACCUUCUUGUGAGGAUGGUCAGUGAGGCAGGGACAGGCUUCUCUUUCAACACCAGGAGACUCCGACUGCAGGAUAAACUGGUUCUGCUGAGACACGAUCCCUUCGUGAACAAACAUGUCCUCUUCAAAGAGAAGAAAAAAAUCCGCUCCAUCUGAACAGCGACUUCUAAAUAGACUUGAUUUAUUCACAAGGAGGACUAUGUGGGGGAGGGGGAGCAUUGCUGAUUCAGAAAUCCUGCAGCCUGGGCUAAAAAAGAGAGGAAGUGGACUGGGACUGCCACCUCCUGUGAUUUGAAGGCCAUUGUGAAUAAGAACAAUGUAGACAGACAAUAUUCCUAGUGUCUGUACGUAGAUCAUCACAUCAACAUUUAUUUAUCUUUUGAGUUAUUUUUAUAGUCAUUGAUUAUAAAAGAGAAAAAGAAAAAAAUUAAAUAGAUUCCAUUGUC